UUGCGCAUGCUCAUAUACGGCGCGACAAGGAAAAGGUGCUAAAGACAAAGGACUAAGCAACCCCAGGAAAAGAGGCGAAACAAUUAAUUUAACCAGGAUUAUGACAACCAUACUACAGUAUCGCAUGAAGCGAAAGCUGUUUUCUUAAGAAGUCGUCUGUCUACAUGUCACAGAGCCUCCUGUAUCAGGUCCCUCAUCUUUUCCACUGGAGCAAACUGUGGUGGAGCCGUGGUCCUCUGGGCUCUCUAGAAAUGGAAAGAACUCCUAAGCUCUCAUGACACUUGAGGUGUUCAUAAAAAAGUUACGAUGACACAUAUCAGAAUGGAGGAAGUUGAAAAAAGAGGAACAUACUCUUGCUUCUCUUGCUAAUUUUUCCAUAGAUGAUCCUUGUGGUUCAUUCUAAUUUUAUACUGAAGCAACUGGAAUAUCAAUGUCUACACACCCAACUUUUUGUUCACAUUCAAUUCGGGCCUCCUCACUCAACUUGAACACUGUUUGCCAGCAGUUUCUUUUCUUCCAAUCGUCCCUUUUGAAACAGCAGGUGUAGUUGAAGUGACCUGGCCCCCCUCAGUGUCAUCCAGUAGACCCACCUCCCCCUUCCCUUGUCACACGCUCGCCCCUACAGCAACUGAAAGGUUGCCAUGACGAUGCUAGUCUUGUCAGCGUAGCGACAGGGUGAUGGGGAGUGCUCCAUGUUCCGGGAAGGGGAGGGCAAGAGCGGGGCUGCAGGACCUGGGCUGUAUGCCAUGGAAGCUGAGCAAGCAGAAAGGGGUGGUGUGGGAGAGGUCAGACCUGGGAGAGCAUGCUCUCUCCACCCCUCCGGCCACGCCUCCACCGCCCAUCUACCACGAGAAGCAGCGGCGUGAGCUGUGUGCUCUGCACGCUCUCAAUAACGUCUUCCAGGAUGGGGCAGCUUUCAGCAGGGAUACUCUCCAGGACAUCUACCAGAGACUCUCUCCCGGCACUCUGGUAACCCCCCACAAGAAGAGCAUGCUUGGAAAUGGGAACUAUGACGUGAAUGUCAUUAUGGCUGCUCUGCAGAUCCGAGGAUACGAGGCUGUCUGGUGGGAUAAAAGAAGGGAUGUGGGCAGUAUUGCGCUAUCCAACGUAAUGGGCUUCAUCUUGAACGUCCCGUCCAAUCUGCGCUGGGGUCCGCUGCGCCUGCCACUCAAACGCCAACACUGGAUAGGGGUGCGGGAGGUGGGUGGAGUCUAUUACAACCUCGACUCCAAACUACGUAGCCCACAUACCAUCGGAAACCCUGAUGAGCUCAGGAAGUUCCUGCGUUACCAGCUGAAAGGGAAAAAUGGUGAGCUCCUAUUGGUGGUGUCUGAGGAGGUGGAGGUCCACCAAACAUGGAGGUCAGAUGGCUGUUGAUUGAAUGUGCCCGGCAACCUUUUCUCUACCGGAUUAGACUUUUCCCAGUUGUUGCUCAGGAUAACAUGGUCCAAUCAGGAGACAGAUUGAAGAGCAGGUGGGGUUGUGUUCAGCCAAUCGCACAGAUGCACACCGACCAGACAUACUUUUUUUUCUCACACACCCAUUGCUGGACUCUGGCUGAUGAGACCUGAAGCGAUGAAGGAAACAGAUGAAUACAGGGAGGUAAUGAAGAAAUCACACUACACAACGUUAUGUUUGGUGUUUGGGAUUCUGUGUUUUUAUAUAUAUUGAUAACUAUUUUUUUUUUUUUUGUAUGUUUCCAGUUUCCAAGUGUGAGAGGCAUGUGACUGUGUGUAAUACUACCCAUCUGUCACUCUUGCUCUUGCUAGCUCUCUCUCUUUCUGUGUCCUUGCUCUCUCUCUCUGUCCCCCCUCUCUCUCUCUGUCCCUCUCUCUCUCUCUCUCUGUCCCC